AUGGACCCUGCCUCGUCUCUGGAGGGCUCUGCCGAUGAUGAGCGUGCGGGCAAACGACUCAAAGCCAAUGGGUCAGUGGAAUAUGGACCGUCUGCAGAGACAGACAAAGGAGACUUUCUUGGACAAACUAGCAAGACGCAUUCCUCGUCUGCGGAUGUCGACCGUCGUAAAAGCGGAGGCUUCCCUGGACAGUCGCAGUUUGCAUCCGACCUCGAGCAGGAAAUGAUCGCGGCACUUGGCCUGUCACCCGCCGAACCCCGUCCUCAACAGGCUUCGACCUUCGAGCCGCGCUUGAGCCCAAGUGCAACUGUCGCUUUGCACUCUGAUGGCCCGCGCAGCCAGCCCAAAGACGAAUUGAAGAAUGACACCGGCAGUUGCUUGACUUGUGCCCCAGCUAGCGAAGAACCAAGCGAGAAGAACUUGCCAGCUCUUCCUAUCCGGCCCCCUACACCUCCCACUGUGUCGAACAUGAAAGAUUCAUCACUGCCGAGUAUUCCAGUAUCCGAGACUAUGCUCCCGUCAAUCCGCCCAGUGUCUGAAGAGAAUGCCAAACCUACUUUACCCAAAAUAGAACACUUCUCGAUCGACCUCUCGACCCAGGACGUCCCUGUGGAAGGAAUCUCACCAGAGGUGCUGCCAAAGGAUAUCUCGUCUCCAAAGGAAGAGGAACACCCGCCAAGUCUUCCUCCAAAAGAUAUGCAACCCAGAGGCGUUCCCUCACAGGGCGUUGUGUCUCCGAAGCCAAGAUUUGCCGCACGGCAACUGUCCGUCUCCACACUCGGAGUGGAUGAGCAGAGAGUUGGCCAUCCUCCUGAGGGAGAAGUAGACACACCUCCUUCACCACUGCAGCAACCUGGGAAAAUGGCCCAGGAUGAUAUGCCAGACCACCACGCAUACGACCAAUCUAGCUCCAGAGCUCUGGUAUCCGAUUUCACUCUGCCCUCACUUGACGACGUCGCGCCAGGAUUUGGCUCAACUUACCCACACCGACCUCCGACCUCUGCAGAAAUCCUGGAAUCAAAGCGCAAGUCAAUCAGCGGUCUGCCUCCCUCCACGCCAGCCGUACACAGCCCGCUCCGGAAUGAAGUGAGGUACUCUCCAGGAACUCGAAGCAGCAUCUUGAGCUUUGGUAGCUUCGGUCGCCAGAGCAAUAACAGCAAGGGCACGCGUCCAAAUACUCCCGCCAAUGAGAUGUCAGAGCACGCGGCAUCUGGUGAUUCGAGGAUGGACAAGUUGAAGAAUUUUGGAAGAAGACGCCGUGCGUCGGUGGGUAAUGCGCUCUCUGGGCUUCAGGAUGGAUUUUCGAAAGAACUUCAAGGUCUUCAAGCGCGAGGGGCUGAGAGUGAGUCGCAACCGAAGGAGGGUGGCCAGAAGAAGCGGGCCUUUAACAGGAUCAGCGUAUGUGAUAUCAUCGAGACAAAAGCUUCAUACUAUCUUAUUAACCAUUUACAGGGCUUUUUUGGUCGCCAACAAGAACCCCAGCCUGCACAGAGCAAGGCCUUCGAUUUUGGUGCUGAUAGACCUGCUCCGAUGAAAGCCCUGCCAACGGCUCCUCAGAGCUCUCAACCACAAGACUCAUUCAGGCACAACGGCAACCUUACUAUUGACCCCGUCGACAAAGACCUUCCACCCCCGCCAGUUUCCAAAUCUUCAUUCUCCUCAGUCGAAUCGUCCAAUCACGCUCGUGACCCUCGCCAGUGGGCCAGCCUGCCCCUUCCACCAGUCACUGCGACCAAUCCUAUGCUAACUAGCCGAUUCUACUCAUCGUUCCAGUCUGAAGAACCUCCCACUGCUACUCAGCAUACUCGCACAAAGAGUCAGCCCAUGCUGUCCCCGCCGCCAUUGUCACCCAUCGGAGGAUCCGAUUCCGACAAAAGCAAUCAGUCAAUUCCACUAUCCGAUGUGAGCCAAGUAGAGGAGCGCACUAUACCCCAAGAACACGAGCACGAAGAUGCUCAACCCCCUGUACCACCAAAGUCACCCGAGAUCCAACCUCAGCCCGAGCAAGACCCCAAUCUACCAAAAGACGUCUCUGACGUCUCCAUCUUCUCAACAUAUCCCCACCGAGGCGAUGCCCGGUUGGUCAAUGAGACUCAUGAACCCGUCGAGCUCGCAGUCACGCACGAUGACUCUAGCGAGGAAAUCAUCAUGUCCCCGACGUCUUACCCAGGACAAGAAUGGACGCCGACGGAUUACUACUAG